GAGGGGCGCGGGUCCGGAGCUCGCAGCCGGGGCCCCGGGGCGUUCGGGGCUGACGCGUCCUUGCCUCUUCCCGCAGCCGCGCCGCGAUGAGGAGCUUCUCACAGUGAGCGGAAAGUAGGUCGCACCCGCUGAAAAUGCCUUUGAGGGACAAAUACUGUCAGACUGACCACCAUCACCACGGAUGCUGUGAGCCAGUUUAUAUCCUGGAACCUGGAGAUCCUCCUUUGUUACAGCAACCACUACAGACAUCCAAAUCUGGUAUUCAACAAAUAAUUGAGUGCUUUCGAUCAGGAACCAAACAGCUUAAGCAUAUUUUAUUGAAAGAUGUGGACACAAUUUUUGAAUGUAAAUUAUGCCGCAGUCUCUUCAGAGGAUUACCAAAUUUAAUUACCCACAAGAAGUUCUAUUGUCCACCAAGUCUUCAGAUGGAUGACAACCUUCCUGAUGUAAAUGAUAAACAAAGCCAAGCCAUAAAUGAUCUCCUAGAAGCCAUAUAUCCAAGUGUGGACAAACGAGAAUAUAUUAUUAAGUUAGAACCCAUAGAAACUAAUCAAAAUGCAGUAUUUCAAUAUAUUUCAAGAACUGAUAAUCCCGCCGAAGUCACAGAGUCAAGUGGUACUCCUGAGCAAACUGAAGUUCAAAUACAGGAAACUACCACCGAACAGUCUAAAACAGUAACAGUUACAGACACAGAGGUGGAAACUGUAGAAUCUCCUCCUGUUGAGAUUGUUGCUGAUGAAGUUGCACCAACAUCCAAUGAACAACCUCAGGAAUCACAGCCUGACCCGGAAACUUCUGACAAUUCUGAUUUUGGUCACCAGUUGAUAUGUUGUCUUUGCAGAAAAGAAUUCAAUUCUAGACGAGGUGUUCGUCGUCACAUUCGAAAAGUACACAAGAAAAAGAUGGAAGAAUUAAAAAAGUACAUUGAAACACGAAAGAAUCCAAACCAAUCCUCUAAAGGGCGCAGUAAGAAUGUUCUAGUUUCAUUAAGUAGGAGUUGUCCAGUAUGUUGUAAAUCAUUUGCUACAAAAGCGAAUGUAAGGAGGCAUUUUGAUGAAGUUCAUAGAGGACUAAGGAGGGAUUCAAUUACUCCUGAUAUAGCAACAAAGCCCGGGCAACCUUUGUUCCUGGAUUCUGUUUCUCCUAAAAAAUCUUUUAAGACUCGAAAACAAAAGUCGUCUUCAAAGGCUGAAUACAAUUUAACUGCAUGCAAAUGCCUCCUUUGCAAGAGGAAAUAUAGUUCACAAAUAAUGCUUAAAAGACAUAUGCAAAUUGUUCACAAGAUAACUCUUUCUGGAACAAACUCUAAAAGAGAGAAAGGCCCUAAUAAUACUGCCAACAGUUCAGAAAUAAAAGUUAAAGUUGAACCAGCAGAUUCUGUAGAAUCUUCACCCCCUUCCAUUACCCAUUCUCCGCAGAAUGAAUUAAAGGGAACAAAUCAUUCAAAUGAAAAAAAGAACACACCGGCAGCACAGAAAAAUAAACUUAAACAAGACUCUGAAAGCCCUAAAUCAACCAGUCCGUCGGCUGCAGGUGGCCAGCAAAAAACCAGGAAACCAAAACUUUCAGCCGGCUUUGACUUUAAGCAACUUUACUGUAAACUUUGUAAACGUCAGUUUACUUCUAAGCAGAACUUGACUAAACACAUCGAGUUGCACACAGAUGGAAAUAACAUUUAUGUUAAAUUCUACAAGUGUCCUCUUUGCACUUACGAAACUCGUCGGAAACGUGAUGUGAUACGACAUAUAACUGUGGUUCAUAAAAAGUCAUCUCGCUAUCUUGGGAAAAUAACAGCAAGUUUAGAGAUCAGAGCUAUAAAAAAGCCUAUUGAUUUUGUUCUAAAUAAAGUGGCUAAAAGAGGCCCUUCAAGGGACGAAGCAAAACAUAAUGAUUCAAAACAUGACGGCACUUCCACUUCUCCUACUAAAAAGUAUGAGGUAGCUGACGUCGGUAUUGAAGUAAAAGUCACAAAAAACUUUUCUCUUCACAGAUGCAAUAAAUGUGGAAAGGCAUUUGCCAAAAAGACUUACCUUGAACAUCAUAAGAAAACUCAUAAGGCAAAUGCUUCCAAUUCACCUGAUGGAAACAAAACCAAAGGCCGAAGUACAAGAUCUAAGGCUCUUGUCUGCCUGGGGAAGCCGUCGCCCCGCAGCGCCGCCAUCCUGCGCCCGGCCGUCCCCGGGCCGCCCGCCGCCCGCCCGCACGGCGCCCGCAGCCUGUACCUCAGCCGCCUCCGCCCGGACCUGCGGAGCCCAAGGCCGCCGGCAGCAGCUCCUGACCUUCAGCCGGGGCCCAGACUCCUGUCGCCGCGCUCGGCCGACCCUGGGCCCCAAGCCCCUCAGACCACGUGCCUUAGGGCCGCGCCGGGCCGGGUGGCCCCUGGGCUGGUCCUUGCUGCUCGAAGCGCGCGACUGCUUCCCCCGCCGGAACCCGGCCCUGAGCCUCUGUCACACGACAAGAUUCUUUUCCUUCCUUCUCAUAACUUACAGCCUUCCCGCUCAAGUUCCUUUCACUAUUAGUUGUAAAGACCAGAUCCUAAGCAGUCUUCUCCACCUCGAGUUCUGUUAUCAAGCCAGCUCCUGCCCCUCGCUACUGCCCAGUGGCAGAAGAUUGUUUAGUAGCUGUGCCUGUCCCCAGUGACUAUGAAGUGGCUGACAUAACCCAGAGUUGUGUCGCGCGCAACUGUGAUUGAACUUGAACUCUGGCAUUCAGUCCCCACUUUCCUGUAACUUCAUCUCGACCAUUUCUUUCCUUCUGAGUCAGUCCUUGCUCCCACGGUUCUAACCUUGUCAUUGUUAGAAAAGCUAACCGCUCUGCAACCCUGUCAGCGGUGACCACAGCAAUGUAACUCUCACAGCUGCUCCAGGGAGCGUAGGUGGCUGACAGCUCCCCUCUGCUGAGAAGUGCUUCUUGGGGCCACUCCCAGUACUGAUUGAGCCAGGCUUAGUAUUGGUGGCAGCCCAUUCAAGUGAGAUGCAUGAGGCCCAUAAUGAGCGAUUUGGGCAUGGGGACCACUUAAUACAGCUGGAACUUUCUUAGAACUGUGCUGCCUUGGUCUGAGGUUCUUGCCCAGUCUUCCUCUCCUUUCACAGUGGGUCAGACCUGCCUAAGGUAUGAAUGCUCCCUGCCUCCUCUCCUGCCCUCUUUCCUUCAUCCUUCACGGGUGUCCCAUCAGUAGAACUCUUGCAUGUUCAACCAUGUCUUGGUGCCUGCUUCUAGGACCUGAACUAACAUGUUUCAGAUAUUCCACUCUCUGCUCACCAUAUUCCUAUCCUGGGCUUUUUGCUCACUGUCUUAGGUGCAAUUUCUUCUCUAGCCUAGAUUCCAUGCUCCGUUUUUAUAAUCCCACUCCUUGAAAUGUAGUUCUCUCAGCUCUUAAACCUCAGUUCCUUCCAAGUUGUUUCUUGAAAAAACCCCAGUCCUUGUUAAACCUUACCGUCUUCCUUGCAUGGGCCUGACUGAGAGAGCAGAACAUUUUCUUUAAGAAAAUCACAAAAUUCAAGCAACUAGUUUUUCUUUCAGUCCAUUUUCUGAAACCUAAAAUUGGUGCUGUUCCUACUAUAGUCUCAGUCUCCCUUUUGUAAAACUUCUGUUCAUGCAUUUUCGGUUUCUCACAAUGCUCUGGUCCUCCCUCCCUGUUUACUUCAUAUUUCACUGAGAAAAAUAGGAGUUACUAUAUCCACACUUCUCAUUUUUCCACAAGACUCUGCAGCCCGCUACCUUGGGAGCCAUCUUUCUUUUUGUGGCUGUAGAGGAAGUUUUUAAGGCCGGCCCUUCCUUUUGUCCUCUGAAUUUCACCUUGGACCUAGUUUUGAAGAACUGUCCCUUUAGGUUUUCACUUUCUCUUUUCUGCAUCACCAAUCCCUUUCCCCUCACUGGAUUGUACUCCUCAGCCUCCAAGCAUACUCCAGUAUCUUCAUUUUAAUCAAAUCUUCCUUUGUGCACAUGGUCUCCAUCUGUAGCCAAUUUUAGCUCUCCUUUGGAUCUGCUUCUUUAUGCAGGUGUCCUUUCAUGUUAUAUGUGUUUCCUAAUCUCUACUUUUCAGGCCACAGUGAUUCAGUGUCCCCAUUGACAUAGGGACAGCGCCCUUAUUAAGGUCUCCAGGCAUUUCCUACUUCCGGUCCAAAGGGUGCUUUGCUCUGCUCACCAUGCUCACUACUUUAAAUGUUUUCUCUUCAGUUCAAACCACUGUUUUCUGCUAUAUUUCAUUCUGUGUCUCCUACUCUCCAGGUUUAUAACCCAUUUUCUGCCUAAUAAUUGAAAAGUUGGGGAUUUUGCCACCCUCCUGGUCCCUCUUUUAUUUCUGUGUUCUUUUCCAGGCAUCUUACCAAUUUUCAUAGACUUAAGUACCAUCUCUAUGCUGAAACGAUUUUCACGUUUGUAUAUCUUACCUAGACCUUUCCACUAGGUUCUAGAUCCAUAUAUCUAAUGGUUUCCUUAAUUUAUUCCUUUGGUUGUCUUAGAUCUCUAAAACUCAACAUUUGCAAAAAUCUAAUUUCUCUUUCUCAUCUCAAACCUCAUUUCCCUAUUGCGAUAAAUAGUACUACCAUUCAGCCAGUUGUUCAAGCCAGAAACCUAGGAAUCAUCCUUCCUUUAAUGACCUGUUCCCUACACCAAGUAGAUCACUUAAUUUAUCAGUUUUAUUAUCCAAAUAUAUCUUCAUGCUGUCUAGUUCUUUCCAAGUUGAAUGCCAUCACUUGGUCCUGAUAGUGUGUUUUCUCACCUGAAUAUUAGGACAGUCCGUCCUACUUGGUCUGUCUGCUACCACUCUUGAUCCACUUCAACACGUUUUUGACACAGUGGCAACAGUGACCAUUCCUAUAAAUUGAAUCAAGUAAACUGUUGAUUAUAGGGUAAGAUCUAAACUCUUUACUCUGGCUCAUUCAGCCCUGUAUAGUCUGACCCUAGCCUAUUAUCUAACCCCACCUAUGCUCACUGUUACUUGCCAUAAUGCAGCCACUCUUGACUUCUGCAAUACGCCCAGAUCUUUCCUGCACCUCGGGGGUUGGUAAAUGUGUUCUUUGUGUUCUGGGUGCUCCUCAGAGCCACCUGCUGCCCCAUUGUGAUACAGCCUUUAGAUAAGCACUUGGAUACCUUUUGAGAAAGGCCUACCUAGAGCACCCUAUGGAAAGUAAUCCCCACCUCUCAUACCAUUUGUUGUCUCAGUCUUUUGUUUGUAACCUUAUUUAUUUGUCUGUUUACCUUUUUGAGUGCUGUUUCCCAUCCUAGAAUGUAUGAGGGAAGAGACUGUGUGGAUACCUGCAUUCUUCAAUAUUGUAUUCUCAGCCCCUCCACAGUAUUUGGCACAUGUUGGGUGCACAGUAAAUACGGAAGUAGAGAAUGAACGCAUAUGCCAGUUUUCCUGUUGGGCAUUCAAUUCACUGGUUAGUAAGAGCUCUUCAUAUAUUAAAACCACUAAUCAUUUCUUUUUGUAUACUGCAGACAUUCUGCCUCUUCUCAGAUAUGUACCAGCUUAAUUCAUGAGAUCUUUGAUAUACAGACAUACUGUAUUUUUCAUUAGAUUUUUUUCAUGAAUCAUAUCAAUGUUAUAUAAUAUCUGUCCAUGUUUCUUUGAAAGUUUUUUAGAUUUGAAUCUUUACUCCAAAUGGAAUUUAUUUUUGAUAUAGAUGUGAUUUGUGAUUAAGGGUCUAAAUAUUUAUUUAGUUGUUGCAUCAUCAUUUAUUGAAAACUCCCUUUUCUACUGUUUUGAACACCCUACAUUUAUCAAAUAUUAAAUUCUUACAUCUAC